AUGUUCAUCAUCGUUGUGCUCCUGCUGACGUCGUCAGUGGCGACGUCAACUUAUGAGCCUCUUCGUAUCCACGUCAUCAGCGCCUUUGGGCCAUUGCCGCUGCCAAUUCAGGUGAUAAGCCUGACAGAAUAAAACAAGUUAUGUUAUCACAAGCGUUUUAUUUGUAUCGAUAUCCUCGUCGCCCGGGUGGAACCAGUUAGUUGGCCUAGUCCAAACUUCUUACGGCACUUGCAGAUUGUUAAUGCGCGUGUUUAUCUUGAAUAAGAAAAACUUGAUAGGAUCAACAAGUGUGGAAAUUUCUGAGCUUGAAAUUUGAGGGUAACAAAAAUAUGUGAAAGGUAGUUUUGUAUGGUAUAUAAAAAUUAAGGAACUUGAAAAUUAUAAAUUUUGAAGGCAAAAUAUCAAAAUAGUAAUUCGAGAAAUGUCUCUGCUAGAAAUAAAAAAAGAUUCUGGAGUUCUAUCAAAUAUUUUGAUACAGUUUUGCAAAACUUUGAGAAGUUUAUGAUGAAAGAAAUAUGAAAUCUAAUUUAGCUGAAUAUUUUUUACGAGACUUUUUUUAUAUCAUUCCUUGUGUUCAUCAGAAGCUAGAAAAUCUUAAUAAGAGUUUUUAUGAAUUUGAACUUGUUUUCUUAUUCGAAAUUCGAAAACUAAAAGAAGGUUCAUCUGAAUAUUUUCGAUGAAGAAUGAAAAAAAAAAAAUGAAAAACAGGGAUUCAGGAUAGCUUGAUAGAAUCAUUGGAGUCCCUUUCAACUUCAAUAUCUGUUUUGAAAGACUCUUCUCGCAUCGAAUGGUCGGAAAUCAUCGACGCCACAUCAGAGUACAAACAGAUCUCUUGGAUUUAUGCGCUGGUAAUUUUUUUGUAAUAAAAAAACCUUUGAAAAAAGAUUCAGAGCGGCCAAUUUGAGGAGAAUCUACAUGUCAAUGGGAAAAGGAUCGAUGAAUUUUUGAAUGCUGCAGACUUUCUGAUCGUCAUGCAGGUUUCAUUUUUUCUCGGAAUACUAUUACGAGACGGGAAGAAGCCAAAGAAAUCAUCUUGAAAAAAAUAUCCCAGCGGCUUAGGAGUUGAUAUUUGCAAAACAAUGAUGAGAAAUAUGUCGCAAAUCGAGUUGUGACUCGACAUAAUGUCAUUAAUAGGCUUUCUUGGAAAUAUACUACGAGAAAAAAGGCUAAUACCUUUGCAAGUCACCUUUUCAGGUUUGCUUGAUUCAAAAAUUAGCCUUGAGUUUUUCAACGGCCUUAGGGAGAAGAGCUUUUUGAAGGGAGAAUGGAAAUGAAGUUCAACUUUCGAAAAUUCAGUUUCGCGCCAGUUUUGCUGAAAAUUUGAGAAAUAUUUAAUAAUCGAGAAAAUAUCUGGAACGAUGAGCGAAAAAAGGAAUGACGAAUUGCACGUAACACAUUUUUGACAAGUCACCGGUGGAAAAGCAUGAUAGUAUUGAAAUUCCCUUCUCUUGAUUGAAAAAUACUUUGUUUGAAAAAAAAAAGUGAGCGAAUAACAUGAUAAAAGGUGAAAGGCUCAACAAUUAGCAAGAUGAAGUUAAUUAAUUGGUUCUCACGUUUGCAAUUUGACAUUCCAGAGAAAUCGGAAAACAAAAAGGUUGACUCAAGCUUGGGAAACCGAAUUUUUCGAAAUUCUGGAAAAAAUUUCUAAAGAAUCCCUCAGGGGUUUUACUAGAAAGUUGACUAAACUCCUUGUUCUGUCUGCUAAUUUCUGUUGAUUUUUCAAUCGAUGAAAAUUGACUUUUCAAAGAUUCUCAGAGAAAUAGUCGAGCUUGCGGGAAAGAUUCGACUUUAUUGGCGUCAGCAAAGCCUUACUUCGAUGGAGGCCAACACAAACGGUUUAUCAACCAAAAACAUUUUUCCAUGAGAUUCUCGAUAAUAUAGGCCACGAAUUGGGUUAAUGAACGUCUGCGUCGAUUCGCCCAUCUGGAAAGAGUUCAGAGCCCACGUCGACCUUUUUCGGCACGAAAUUCUGCAUGCCUUAGUUGGUCCUUCUUUGGUUACAAUCUAUACCUUCUUUUGAGGGAUUCGGUACUUUCUACGCUGGAGAUUCAGACAAGAGAGGACCACCUAAGGAGAAACACGCUUGGCAAACAGAACGAGGCGUGAAAGUUCUGAGAAAUCGGACCUUUUUGGAUUUUUCCUCGUCGGCAUUGGUAAAUUCUAUUCAGACGCAAUGGUCGCAUUUGGAAUGGUUAUAAAACGUCGCGGUUGCGUGGCUGAAAGAUUUGGACCUGCAGCUUCCUCCAAUAUUUUCAUUUACCUUGCGCGCAAAUCGUUUUGAUUCGGCUGCGUUUGCGAGGAGCCACAACACUUCAAGCCAUUCCACAUGCGACCUGAUGUGAACCAAUUGGAAAAAGAGCUAUGUAUCAUUUCUUCAGAAAGAAGCAUCUAAGCACUUUGGUUGUCCAAAACUGAAAGGUAUCGAGGCAGAGAACGACAAAAAAAUCCAUCUCAAUGAAUAUGUUUAUGGGGUGAGUUUGAUCUGAAACUUAUCCAACUUUUUGAAGGGAUUUAUCAAUAACUUUUCAUUUAAUCGACCUUAAUGUCAAUCUCAGCCGAAUCUUUCAUUUGCGUCCAACUUUUAUGACUAUAUAGGCGUGAGAAAACGUUAGAAAGCCUCUAAGUCAUGAAAUCGUUGGAGUGAUAGGAAAGGCUAUAGUUUCAUCUCGAGGAAAUCACUAAAGGUGAUAGCCUGGGAAACUAUAAUAAAAAACUUCUUCAACUUGAGAAGAAGUAUGAAUUUUCAGAAUGAGUUGAUGACUCCGCGGCUCUCGAACACCAAAAACUUCUUCACGUUCAUUUCGGCGUCCAUCCUUGAAGAAACGUUUUUCGGCGCUAAGUUUAAUCUCUCUAUUUCGGUUCUGUUCUGAAAAGGCCGUAGGCAGUGGUACAUGGUGAAUAGGACGGCGAUAUUGGCCGAACAGACGGCCUACUGGUAUGGAAAGGGCGGAGGAUGCAAGUUUGCCCAGGGAAGCUGUCACGAGUUCAUUCGGCAUAGAGAAAAGUAAGGAGGGUCGAAUACAAGUUUGAGAGAAGUUCAUAUACCUCAUUCGUCAAGAUUUGAAGUAGUCGAACUCUUUUGAACCUCUUUUUCCUGGACGACAAAAGUCAGAGUAACAUGUCGACGGAAAGGGGAAAAAAUCUAUGUUAAAGGGAUAAAAAAAAAGUUGAAUGGUGAUUUUAUUUUCAGGGCUUCGCAAACGACUUUUCCUUUUUGCUCCCGAGUUAUCAAUGUUCGUGGAUUUUCAUAUAAUUUUUUUAAAAUAACUUUUCAGAACUGCAUUAAUCGUGAUGGUUACGAAGAACGACUCUCGACCUAUUGCCGCAAAAACCACAUCAAUAAAGCGGUCGAAAAUUUUUUUUUUUUUUAUAGAAAACUAGGUCUUGUGAAGUUAAAACACCGUUUUCAUGAAACUAAAGAGUUGGCGAAUCACCCAAAAAGUCUACGAAGAAUCGAAACAGGAAUUCACACAUUUCUUGGGACAGUUAUCUUGGAGCAUUUUUUUAAAUUAGGGUCUAAUUUUUUUUCCGUAUGUUUGAAACUUCGAUAACGGUGUUAACAAUCUUUUGAUCUGAUCUUCUUUCAAUGUUUCAUUUAAGAUAUUUUUUUCCAGAUUGCGACAGCUGUUUCUGACGACUCUGCUUACAGAUCAUGUCCUUUCGAUGAGGUCUUGUUUCAACUCUUUGGUUUUUAAAGGCACAUGUAUGCACUCAAAUCAGCUCCAGAGAAAGGUCUUCUUCUCGAGAUACAAUUAAGAACUUUUCCUUUGUUCCUUCAAACACCACAGAAGUGAAAUUGCCGAUCCUAAUGACCAAAAACUCAUUUACAGGACUUCCUAAACGACUCCCUACCGCCAAAGUUCAAGGCUACCGUUUGCACGUAA